AUGGCGGGCGGCGUCCGGCGGCUGACGGCGGCCGCGCUCCUGGCCGCCUGCGUGACGGCGCUGGCGGCGGCCGACCCGGAGCAGCCCGCGGCGCCCGAGGAGCGCAGCCGGGUGCGGCCCAUGACGGCCGCCAACUGGACGCUGGUGAUGGAGGGCGAGUGGAUGCUCAAGUUUUAUGCCCCUUGGUGUCCAUCCUGCCAGCAGACUGAUUCCGAAUGGGAGAUAUUUGCAAAGAAUGGUGAACAGCUUCAGAUUAGUGUCGGGAAGGUAGAUGUCAUUCAAGAACCAGGUCUGAGUGGCCGCUUCUUUGUCACCACACUCCCAGCAUUUUUUCAUGCCAAGGAUGGAAUAUUCCGCCGAUACCGUGGCCCAGGAAUCUAUGAAGACUUACAGAAUUAUAUCUUAGAGAAGAAAUGGCAAUCAGUUGAGCCUCUGACUGGCUGGAAAUCCCCGGCUUCCUUAACGAUGUCUGGCAUGGCUGGACUUUUUAGCAUCUCUGGCCAAAUAUGGCAUCUUCACAACUAUUUCACUGUGACGCUUGGAAUUCCUGCUUGGUGUUCUUACAUCUUUUUCGUCAUAGCCACCUUGAUAUUUGGCCUUUUCAUGGGUCUGGUUUUGGUGGUUAUAUCAGAAUGUUUCUAUAUACCAUUUCCAAGGCGUCUGUCUCAACGUUCUGAGCAGAAUCGAAAGUCAGAAGAGGCUGAUAGGGCUGAACAGGCAGAAGAGGAAAAAGAUGAUUCUAAUGAAGAUGAGAACAAGGACAGCCUUGUAGAUGAUGAUGAAGAGAAAGAAGAUCUUGGCGAUGAGGAUGAAGCUGAGGAAGAAGAGGAAGAGGACAACUCAAAUACUUGUGUGGAUGAGGAAAGGGGCGAUGCCCAUGAUCAAGGACCUUUGAGAGAGACCCAGGAGGAAACAGAACUUGAGGGGACUGAAGACCUCCCUGAGCAGCCUCCAUCAGCUGGCUCAGAGGUACCAGAAGAGGCACUGAGGAAGCGCAAAAGUCCACAUGCUAAACAGGGUCUAUAAGGUUCAAUACAGGAUUCCCAUCAAAACAAACCAGAGGCAUAUUUCAACUUUAUUCUUGUCUGUAGUUUAAACCAAAUUCUUUUCUUGAAUGAGCAAGCUUCUCUUAAAAAAGAUCUCAAGUCAUGUGGUCUCUGGCAUUAAGCUUCAUAAAUAUGAAUGAGAAUGUUUCAGGAAGGACAAUGAUGAUACAGACCAUUAAACAUGGUGUUAGCUUUCUUUGUGGGGACUUUGGAGUGGCACACGUUCAUUUUUUGGGACUAGACCAUCUUUAACAAAAGAAGCAAAUCCUCUGUUUGUACAGUCGUGGGCAAGACUUGAGGCCCCAUCCAUUGCAAACAAUGUGUCCCUCAAAGUACAGUGGUGGUCUUCUCUUUUUCUGUUGAGUAUUAAUUUUUCAGACUGUUAGAAACUAUCAAACAGCUUAGUACAUGAGACACAUUUUUAGAGAUAGGUAUUGAGAAGGCCACAUGGUAUUUUAGCUUAGGGAUUAUCACAGUAUUCUAAAUCUAUGUUACGCUUUAUUUUGUACCUUGAAUUUUUCCAGUUCUCACUCUGUGGGCCUGCUGGCUUCCCACACUUUUAAGAAACUUCCUUCAUAAGAGGAACUCAAUGCAGACAGCAGCCAGCUUACCAUCAGCUGCCUUUAUUCCAACUUGAGGGUUUAGAGACAAUCAGGAACCGCAGUCCAUGAAGCUAUGUCUGCCAGGCAUCUUGAAUGAAUUGUUGUAAUCUUUGGAGAUUCAAAGGGAACUGGGCUUUUACAGAAAAUAUUUUCUCUUUUUUUUUUUUUCCCACAGUGUAGUAAUCCCCUACCCCAUCCCCCAAAUUCACUUAAUAGUAUUUCUUUUGAAGCCCAAAAUCUUGCUGGUAUAAGGGAGUCUUGUGAAAGAAACUUAAAUACUGUGUUGUUUUACUUCCACCUCAAGGGGAUCCCUGGCUCUUAAACCACUAUAAUAAUGAUCGAAAAAAUCAUUUCUGGUUUCCCUUCUGUGAUGUGCUUUUGGUGAAAGAAUUAAUGAAACUGAAUAUCUGGAAAUGAAAGAUUUUGUUUCAUUUCCUUCAUCCUUAAUCUUUUAUAGAAUGGUAUCCCUGUAAAUCUCUCAAUAUUCAAUCUAUCCAAAGUACCUAAGGGGUCCAGUUUCUUUUAAAAAAAAA